AGGGAUGUUACAAACCCACGUGAUCUACUUAAGAGGUUCUCGGAGACUUUCUUAUUAAAGUUUACUCUGUGAAACAAGUAAAGCCACUUAAAAGUGUUCGAUUACGAUUUUAGACCAUAACGAAUGCUAUUUCGGACAUAUUUCAUUUAGGAACUGUUAUUUAGGGUUAAAAUAGAACAAUGUAUCGUCCACGAAGUCCAACUCGACACAUCGAGGGCUUCGGCAGAAGAAGAGUAGUAGUUGUCCCCGUGGAAGAUGAUGUAGAUUAUUUGAGUGACGUUUUAGAAAGGUUCAGAAGAGAUGCUUUAAGACGUCGAAGAGAGUUUCGUUCAAUAGAUGAAGUUGAUCGAGGACUACCCCUACCCAAUGAAGUUGAUUUGAUUGAAUUCUACUGCAAAGAGAAUGCAAAAGUUCAUCAUACAGAAAAUUAUGAUUUGUUGGAUGGAAAAGAUGUGUCGCCUAUAUACCGGAGGGGGGAAACAUUUUAUUUUGCAAUCAGAUUCAAACGACCAGUUAAUUUAAUGACUGAUAAAAUCACCUUACAGUUUUCAUUUGGGCCAAAGCAACAAAUAGGUAAAGGAACCCUUAUUAUUCUUCCUGUUCCAAAUAAUAAAGUAUUUACCCGUGAUUCUGCUCACUGGGAUGCUUGUAUAUCUCGCCAAGAAAGAGCUAUCCUUACAUUACAAGUCCAGAUUCCUUAUACAGCUGGUGUUGGACUUUGGCGAAUGAAGAUAAAAUCACAAGUAGCAGGCAAUGAAAAGAGCGUCUUCCAUGAAUGUAAAGAGAGUAUUUAUGUACUUUUUAACCCCUGGUGUAAAGAUGAUCCAGUCUUUCUGUCUGAUUCCAAACAAAGACUUGAGUAUGUUCUAAAUGACGAAGGAAAAAUCUUUGUUGGUUCUUACAAACAACCAGUUGGACGGCCUUGGGUUUUUGGUCAGUUUGCUGAUGCCGUUCUUCCCGCUAGUGUGUUUCUUUUAGAAAGAUCUGGUUUAGAUUAUACAGCAAGAGGAAAUCCUGUUAAAGUCGUACGAGCUAUAUCAGCAAUGGUCAAUAGCAAUGAUGAUAGGGGUGUACUAAUUGGUAACUGGAGUGGUAACUAUGAUGAUGGAACAGCACCCUGGAGUUGGACAGGAAGUUCCGCUAUUUUAGAGCAAUAUUUAGCCAGUGGUGGUCAGCCUGUUCGAUACGGACAAUGCUGGGUGUUUUCAGGAGUUUGUACAACAGUUUGUAGAGCACUAGGAAUUCCAUGCCGAAGUGUUACAAACUAUGUAUCAGCUCAUGACACAGAUGACAGUUUAACCAUCGAUAAAUAUUUUGAUGCUGAAGGAAACGAGCUCAGUGAAUUUAACGAAGAUUCUAUUUGGAAUUUUCAUGUAUGGAAUGAUUGUUGGAUGUCUCGGUCAGAUUUACCCUCAGGUUAUGGUGGCUGGCAAGCAAUAGAUGCUACACCACAAGAAACAAGCGAAGGAGCAUUCCGGGCUGGACCCGCCUCAUUGGUAGCUAUUCGCAGAGGAGAAAUAAAUCAUUCCUACGAUACACCAUUUGUGUUUGCCGAAGUAAAUGCUGACAUAGUGCACUGGAAAUUAGACAAGAACAAUGAAUUUGGGUGGAUAAAACUUAAAACAAAUACUUACCAGAUUGGAAAACUUGUUGUAACAAAAAGAAUAGGAUUUGAUGACGAAAGUGGGCAUCGUGAUAUGGAAGACAUUUCAGCAGAAUAUAAGUCUAAAGAAGGCUCUGUCGAAGAACGUAUGGCUGUGUUGAAUGCAGCUAGACGGGGAGGUUUAACUCAUAUUUAUGACAUGCCUCCUCCAGGAAAAGAAGAUGUUAAAUUCAUUUUAAAAGAUAUCGAUAAAGUUAUGAUCGGGCGACCCUUUCAUGUUGUGGUGGAGGUAGAAAAUAAUAGUGAUGAGAAAAGAACAGUGACAUCUGUUCUCUCUGCUAGUACUGUUCAUUAUACUGGAAUAACAGCUAGAAAAGUGAAAAGGGCCAGAGGAACAUUCACGCUAAAACCACGACAAAAAGAAGAACUUGGUAUUGAAGUAACUGUAGACGAGUACUUAGACAAACUUGUGGAUUAUGCAUUCUUAAAAAUUUAUGCAAUAUCUACAGUAAAAGAAACACAACAGACUUGGGCAGAUGAAGAUGACUUUCAAGUUGAAAAACCAACAUUACGAAUAGAGGUUGAAGGAACCCCCAAAGUUCACAGACGAUUUAGAAUCAGAAUUUCAUUCACAAAUCCUCUCAAACGAAGACUUGAAGACUGUGCUCUUACUCUUGAAGGACCAGGUUUAGCAGCACCCUUUCGAAUUAUGAUUCCGGAUGUUGAAGCAGAGAGAAACAUGUCUCACGAGGAAACAUUGAUCCCCAUAAAACCAGGGCCCAGAAAAAUUACCGUCAUUUUCUCCUCACGUCAACUGAUAGAAGUCGUUGGUUCUAAGCAAGUGAUCGUUCAAGACUAAUAUUUUAAAAAAAAUGUGGCCUAAAAAUACAAAUAAUUUGCUAUAUGCCCUUUAAUAUGAUUUUCUCAAGCCAUCAAAAGAGUUUAAUUAUCAAAAUUAUUAAUAUAUUAAAAAUGAUUUUGUAAUAAUUUAAUUAAAUAGUGAAACACUUCAAAA